AAGUGGUUGACUUUCUCAAUUCAGGUCUUAGUUAAAAAAAAAAUAUGUUUUAAAGUGCAAUUAAUUUCAAAUGAAUAGUUUAAAGUGCUAUUAAUAUGUAAAAGGCAUAUACGAGUUUAAGUAUGUCAAAAAAACAAACUAAGCUAUUAAAAUAAAUAAUUUUCUUAAAUUUAUACAAUAAUUAUUCGCGGUGUACAAUUUCUUAGAAGUAUUAUUAGUCGCUUAUCGGGAACUCAGCUAAGCGAAUGCAGAGAAUUCUUAGUUUCCAGAACUCACAUUAAGUGAAGCUUUAGACUUGAAACAAGUCGAGGCAAAGUGAGCCUGUAGAAGAGUACAAAGACUUAUAAAUAAAUAGGAUGAGUUCCUUCGCCCAGGUUCCCAGCACACCUCCUCCUUCGUAUGAGGAGGCAAUGGGCUGGGAACCACUGAGAUCACACAGCACCGCGCGGCUACUCCCGGAGAAUUCCUCAUCACUUAUGAUCUGUCCACUGUGCCACGACGAGAUCGAGACGACCACAAAGAUCCGGCGUCGAAGGAUCGCCUAUUUGGCCUCGGGCAUAGUGCUAGUCACCACCUGCGGAAUGGGAUGCUGGAUGAUCCCCUGCAUCCUCGACUGCUUUAACGAGAUCCAUCACUCGUGUCCCGUCUGCAAGGCGACCCUGGCAAUCGUUCCUCAGCAGGAUCAGAGCUGGCCAACCUAAUUGAGUCACUUAAAGUGCACGAACUGAGCUCAAAGCUUUAUUAUUUGAUACUUAAAACUAUGUGGAUGCCACAAGCUGAAAAAAGAUAGUAGCUCUAAGCUAGCUCUAAGUUAAUACUGAGUUGUACUGAAUAAACCUAAAAUAAAUACGCUAAACUCAUAAGACUGGCAGAUUUAAAAAGCUUAUUCGCUUUCCCCUCGCCUCAACUAAUUGAAUUUGAUUUUUACCGGCGGCAGGUUGAAGUUUUCAACAAACCAAAACGUGCCGGGCAUCGCAAAGUUUCCGCGCACAUGCCUCCUGACCACAGGAAAGGGUGACCCAUAGCCGAAAGGAUUUAAGCCCUGACUGGCGGGGGUUGCCCCGCUGGAUUCAAGUUUACCCGGCGGCUUCUUUCAUGUGGUGGCAUCCGCUGGAUGCGUGGCAACAAACAGCAGUGUGGCGGCAGGAAAUUAUUAAGCAAACAUUUUGUCGCAUGCCUGAAAAAUCGCGGCAUUCUCUGGCCUAGAUGGUUGUAUUUGCUUUUGUGUCGAGUGUUAAAGCGGCUGCCACGCAGUGGCCCCAAGCCAACGCCAGAUUUAUUGCAUACUUUGCAGGGCGUGCAUUAGCGUGGCAUCUCGUCGCGUCACGAAUCCUCCCUUUCCCACCCCUUCCACUGGGGAAGCGGCUAGAAAGUGGGGAUCGCAGGGUGAAACUGGGUAAAACUGG